UCAAAAACCGGACUUUCCGGGAACUCGGUGCUCCCCACCGAUAACCUUCGCCAACCGUUAUCAACGCGAAGCGUGCCCAGUCCAACUGCCGGGCGGCCAGUUUCGGUCGGUCAGUUCGAUUGGCGAGCGCCCCUGCGCGAAGAUGCUACUGCUGCGCGGAUUGCUGCUGUUUGGCAUUGUAGCCACCCUGCGAGGCCAACAAACGCCCAACGCUGGCAAGGCGGUGCGACUCGAGUGCUCCCCGGCGGCCGGAUCAUCACCAGCGGCAGGAUGCAUCCUGAAGGAUGUUAACCUACGGCAAGGGGACUCGCUGGUCCCUUCUGGCCGACCGGCGAACGAUCGGAAACUCGUGUUCCAACAGUCCACCAUCGUGUCCUUCCCGGCGGGCCUUUUCGAGCAGUUCCCCAGCAUCGAGCAGUUGGUGGUGGCCAAUGUGUCGUUGAAGACGCUACCAACCGGUUCCUUCGAGCGUCCUACGAAGCUAACGGCACUGGAUUUGUCCAGCAACCACCUGGAAGCGCUUCCGGCGGGCAUUUUCCACAAGCUGGCCGCACUCCAGGAGUUACAUCUGCAGAACAACUCGCUGACGAACUUUGACGGAGCAGCGAUUGCUGCUGGUGCGCCCUUGCGGUUGCUGAAUGUAUCGGGCAACGGUCUCGGUGGGAUCGCAGCCUGGGAAGCGCUGGCCAGUCUGAGGACCCUCGAGGUACUCGACGUCAGUGACAACCGGUUGGAGUCGGUGUUCGUGACCAAAUCGGUGCGAGUGCUGCGAGCGAACCGGAACCGUGUUUCGACCGUCAGCACCGAUGCCAGUAACUUCAUCUUCGUCCUCGAACGACUAGAGCUGGCCGGGAACGAGUUACGCGACGUGUCCGGCUUGGCACGGUUCGCCAAGCUGACUCACCUUGAUCUCUCCCGCAACCACCUGGAGACGGUCGACUUGGGGCUGUUCCGGUCGAUGCGUUCCCUCGCGGAGCUGAACCUGGCCGCCAACAGGCUGUUCACGGUAACGACAUCGCUCGGGGGUCCUUCGGCUGACCAUCCUGCCCUGAAGGUGGUGGACUUGUCGGGUAACUUCCUCACCACGCUACCGUCUGCCAACGCGUCAGGCGUGGCGUCCACCCAGAAGCUCCACCUGGAGGGUAACGGUCUGGUGAACUGGGAGCUCCACGAGAACGCCCUGAAUUGGCCGCGACUCACAUCCGUCACGUUGGCCCACAAUGACUGGCAGUGUGAGUUUGCGGAGAAGAUCCAGGCCACGCUGGCGAAGAAACCGACGAUCGCCGUGGCUGGGGACGCCACGACGGGCGCGUGUCCCCGGGUUGACCAGGUCCGUCGUGGGAAGCUCUGCUGUCGGGAGCUGAAGGCUCCCUACAUGGAGCGGCUGGUCCGCGUUCGGCAGGAACUAGAGAGGGAGCGAGCUGCUGCUACCACCUCCAGGCAGGAACCACUCUUGCCGUCCCCAGCGGCGGCCGGUGGUGACGUCACCAAGAUGACCGAUAUGCUGCGCAAAGCGCUGCAGGUCGUCAGCCAGCUGCGAGCGACCACGGCUGAACUGGAGACGACCAACCGGCGGCUGUCCCGGGAGCUCGAGGAGGAACAGGCGAAAACCAAGGCCCUCCAGGAUGCGGCCAGCCGGGGAACGGCGGUCUCGGCCGACCCACAGGCGGCCCUGCGCCGGUCCCAGGUUGAGGUGGCUAGCCUCAGAGCGCAGCUAGCCAGGUGCGGGCCCGUCACGCAGUCGCGUACCGGCCAGACGUUGAUCAUUCAAUAGUCAACACAACCGCAGGACCCAACCCUCUGAGACGUCCCGAAGUCAGACGACUCCAUUAGCCAGGAGGGCGAGGAGCGCCUGUGAGAAAAAUAAAGGCAGGCCAAUGGCGCGGAUCUGGUAUUUUGCACUUCGCAACGCUACUCUCCGUUACACUCUUUUCACCGCCAUC